AAAAUCAUCUCCUCACAAAGGGGCAGGGCUGGACACAUGUCGCCCCGUGGCAGCUCGACUGGCCGCCGGAAGGAGGCGUCGCCGGCAACAGGGAAUGCAGUUCAUGGCAGCGGGAACGACGUCGUGGCUGGGGACUCCGGCAAUGGGAGGACGGAAUCGAGCCAGAGGGUUAGGCUGAUGCUGAACCCGAAGAAGGAUCACGAGCCGGAAGCGUACGAGGACUUGAAAUUGGAUUUCUGUUCUUCGUUUUUCAGCUCGCUGGAGAGGCACCUACCAACGAAAAUGCUCAACGCUUCUCGCGACGAGAAGGUUAAGUACAUGAACGAGAUUUUGCUCGAUUAUCUCCCACCCGGAGUGCGGAACAGAGAUCAAAAGCAAAGAAAAUACAGACAGAGGAUAAUAUCAAAUUAUCAGCCUCUGCAUCGACAGUUGUACACUAUUGAUCCUACAACAUUCUUUGUCCCAAUGUUUCUGAAAGCAAUUAGUGAUAAUACGGAUCAAAGCUUUAGGAGUAUAAUGUCUGAGCCCGCUCCAGGCAUUUUUACAUUUGAAAUGCUUCAGCCACACUUUUGUGAGUUAUUGUUAUCUGAGGUUGAAAAUUUUGAGAAGUGGGUUAACGAAGCAAAAUUCCAAGUUAUGCGUCCCAAUACAAUGAAUAAAUAUGGUGUUGUACUUGAUGACUUUGGCCUUCAAACUAUGCUUGACAAGCUUAUGGAAAAUUUCAUUUGUCCGUUGUCUAAAGUGUUCUUUGCAGAAGUUGGUGGAUCAACCCUGGAUUCUCAUCAUGGGUUUAUAGUUGAAUAUGGUAAAGAUAGAGAUGCUGACUUGGGUUUCCAUGUGGAUGACUCAGAAGUAACGUUGAAUGUUUGCUUGGGUAGGCAAUUUUCUGGGGGGGAUUUGUUUUUUCGGGGCAUGCGAUGUGAGAAACAUGUACAUACAGACAGUCAUUCAGAGGAGAUCUUUGACUAUUCCCAUGUCCCUGGACGAGCUGUACUUCAUCAUGGUUGUCAUCGCCAUGGUGCUAGAGCUACAACAUCUGGUCAUCGGGUCAACCUACUUCUGUGGUGCAGAAGUUCUGCUUUUAGAGAGAUGAAAAGGUACAAAACAGAUUUCUCUAGCUGGUGUGCUGAGUGCAAUCAAAAGAAGAAAGAAAAGCUGCACUCGUCAAUUGAAGCUACCAAAUUGGUACUGUUCAGGAGAGAAGGCGAAACAACUGCAUAAUAUGUUUUGUUCAGUUGAAGUAAAAGAGGAUAGUAGAAAAAUGUAUUACCUGUAAUCAUUUAGUCCAAACCAAUGAGUAUGAUUCCUUAUUUAGGUGUCUGUAGAAGUUAACAACCGGAGUGGAAGCCGUUUCUUUGUGAGUAGUAUAAAACAAAACAAAACAAUUUCUCCGCAGCUGACUGAUUUCAAGUUUCAUUAUCAGUCAUUGUCGGCCGCAUGCAUGCCAAGUUGCCAACCAUGCGAUGAUACAUUAU